AUGAGCGGCCCAGGCGGGAUUGGCGUCAGCCCCGGGCUCGAGAGCGACUACUUUAACCAGUUGCUCCUGGAGCUCGAGGAUCCCGAGCAGCAGCUGCUGGCGGGGCGGCGCGCGCGCGAGGAGGAUGGCGACGACGGGGCCGACGACGCCGACGCCGCGGAGCCGCAGGCGAAGCGGCAGCGGAACGACGGAGCCGCGAGUGGUGGCAGCGGCGACGAGGCCCCUGGGAGGCGGAGUGCGAAGCAGGCGCAGGCCGCCAAGAACAAGGCGUGCCGCGAGAAGCAGCGGCGCGAGCGCAUAAACCAGCGUUUCGUCGAGCUCGCGCGCCUGAUCGACCCGGGCGAGGCCCCCAAGACGGACAAGCUGUCGAUCCUCGUGGACACGAUCAAGCUCCUGUCGAUGCUCCGGCAGCAGAACUACCAGCUCAAGGAGCUCAACAAGUACCUCCAGGAGCGCGUCGCCAAGUACGAGUCGGCCAACCACUACCAGAUAGCGCAGGCCAUCAUGGGAGGGGGCAUGGGCAUGGGCGGGGGCGUGGAGCAGGGGGGGGGUCAGCCGGGGUUCCCCCAGAUGGGCAUGCACCCGAUGGCCGGGAUGUGCAUGCCGGGCGUGCCGGGGAUGCCGGGGUUCCCGGGCGUGAUGGGCGGCGUCGGGCGGCCCGUGGGCGCGGCGGGGGCGCCCUCCCAGGCGGUCGGUGCGGCGGGCGAGGGGCCGAGCUCCAGCGCGGCGCCGCCCGGCGUGGGCGCGGCAGGGAACGGUGCGCGGGCGUCGGGGGACGGCGGGCAAGGCGCGAACGGCGCGCCGGCGCCCGCGACGCUGCCUCCAACGACGUGGCCGAUGGGGGUGGUGGGCGCGGGCGCGCAGGGGGCAGCGGGGGCGCAGAAGGGGCAGGGGCCGAACGACGCGGGGAACGAGCAGCAUUUGUGGCCGCCGUGCGCCUGA